GAGGGGGGAGGCGGUGAUAGUGAUUUGCCCAGGCAUUGAAAGGAUGCUUCAGUUCCCCUGAGAGGAGCACCAAACAUUUUUGGAAUUCCGCUUUUUCCCUCCUCUCCCUCCUUGGCCUCUUGUAAGGGAAACCAGAAAGAAGCAAAAACCCUUAGACUUGGAGAUGAACUCUGGUUGUCAGGGAUUCUGGAGCUUAUCUGGGAUUCUAUGAACUGAACACUCACCACAACGCUGCUCGGUUUCUGUAGUGGAGAGGUGCUGACACUUCUAGACUAAAGAUGCAGGUCCCUCAACCGAGCUCUCUGACCUGAAACCGUGACUGUUUUGUGGACGGGAUACGGACACAGGAGCCCCAGGACGCCUGUACCCUUUGAUGCAGCGGAAAAUCAAGCCGAGUAAGCGGAAAGGAAAGAGGACUGCCCUGCACGAGCUGGUAGGAUGAGACGGUGAAUAAGGCCGUACGAUCGAACGGGGAGCGGACUGAGUGAGGGAGAAGGGAGAGAGCAGCAGAGUGAGGGAGGGAGGUAGCACAUUGUGUGAAGGGAUCCUCCUGACCUCUAGGCGGCAGCACCAGUCAGAGCAACAGGAUGACCAGCCUGUUCAGGCGCAGCAGCAGUAACGGAGGCUCAGGUGGGGCGGGAGGCGGCAGUGGUGCCAGCCCAGGGGAGCUCAACAACAGCCGGCCUAACCGCCAGGUCCGGCGCCUGGAGUUCAACCAGGCCAUGGAGGACUUCAAGACCAUGUUCCCCACCAUGGAUUAUGAGGUCAUCGAGUGCGUCCUGCGCUCCAACAACGGGGCGGUGGACGCCACCAUCGACCAACUCCUCCAGAUGAGCAUUGACGGACAGGGAUCAGAUGACAGCUCGGACUCCGAUGACAGCAUACCGCCAGAGAUUCUAGAGCGGACUCUAGAACCGGACAGUUCAGACGAAGAACCGCCUCCUGUCUACUCACCGCCCACUUAUGAUAUGCACAUCUAUGACAGGAAAUACCCAGAGGCCCCGCCCACUCCUCCACCCAGGUUCGAGGCCCAGCCACCUCCAGGUCACCGGAAGAUCCGCAGCUACAGGAACUGGAACCCCCCAUUGCUAGGCAACCUGCCGGAUGACUUCCUGCGGAUCCUGCCACAGCAGCUGGACAGUAUACAGGGAACACAGAGCAGUCUGUCCCAGCCGUCCUCCUUCACCUCGUCUCUGUCCUCUGUCGCCCAGCCGACGGCCCGGGGAGGUGUCUCCAGGCCAGGAGUUGGUGCAGGGCCAGGGGCCCCUGGAGGACCAAGCAGUGUCGGGGAUACAGUAGGCACAGAGCAGGAGCGGAAACUGAAACAGUACCUGGAUGAUGAGCGGAUCGCCCUUUUUCUCCAGAAUGAGGAAUUCAUGAGGGAGCUGCAGCGCAACCGCGAGUUCCUUGUGGCCCUAGAGAGAGAUCGCUUGAAGUAUGAAUCAAAGAAAUCCAAGUCCAAUCAUUCAUCUGUCAGCAUGGAGAAUUCCUUACCCGGAGAACAUUGUGGUGCGUCGGGGUCCAUGGAGGCCUGUACAGCUGUGUCGGAUGAGGCCAUGUUCAGAGACAAACUCAAACACAUGGGCAAAUCAACAAGAAAGAAGCUGUUUGAAAUCGCCAGAUCAUUCUCUGAGAAAACAAAGAGGAGAAAGACAAAAAGAAGAACACUCCUGAAGCACCAGUCGCUGGGCACAGCCAACUCCACAGCCAACCUCCUGGAUGAUGUGGAGGGGAGCCCGGAAGACGGCCAGCCCAGAAGGUCAGCCACUCAGGAAGACGAUGAGCCACACAAGGAGCUUUUGUCUUGAUCUUCAGAGGCAGCACCUCAUCAGGGUUUCCAUGGUGACAGGAGAAUGACCCAUGGCUGGGUGACCCAUGGCUCCCCUAAGACAUACCAGACAUUUUGAGGCCCGGAGGAUACCUGGACUGUUCUCUACAGAACACCACUCCUUCACUGGUUGUUCAUAACUGCAUUGGAUUACCAUUUUAAUUUGUCUCAUAACUCUUCUUAAUAUGAUUUCAUAUAAAGGGCAGAUGCAUUAGUCUUUUGACAGUUCUGUUUAUUUUCUAUAAGUUUUUGUUGCUGUUUUCAUGAUCUUACUAUAUGGACUUGUCACCGGUUUAAUCUCUUUCAUAUUGCUGGGGAGGUCUCUCCAGAGCUGAAGGAGGCACAACCCCCCCCUCUGAAACAUCCCAUAAUAAACCCUGUUUACUCCAUGCACCCAUGUGUUGCUAUGGCCAUUAGGCCACCAGAUGGAAUGGACAUUAACCAGUGAUGUCAUUCACAAAUACACUCACAGUUCAAUAGCUGUUAAAGGUCAGGAUGCAGAAACAACUGGGAAUAGCAGAUCCCGACAUUUAGUCACCAUUUCAGAUGAUCUGAUUCCCCUUGCAAAUCUUGAGUUGCCUUGGAGCAAUUUGAGUGAAGAUUAUAUUAACCAAGACAGACAUGCUUGUGUGUCAGUUGAACGGUUGUUAAUCUAGAUGUCCUGCUCAAAUGGCGCCCUUCUCUGAACCCCUGUAUCCAGUAAGGAUUCCAAUCUGCCAGAGUGGUCAUCUGACCCAAGAGGGACAUUUUAUCCAAUAUUUCUGUCUACUUGUAACUAAAUGCAGUGUUACCUUGCAUCCCAUUUCAAGUGCUCCAGUCAUAACUCGUCAAAAGAUUUCAUGUAAACUGAAAUAUCCCUUAAGCUGCACUUACUGCCAUAUCUCACUGUUCUCGUAUUUUUCCAUAUUGCAUUUCUAUUGUAACCCUAUCUCAUUUAGUUAGGAGGGGCACAUAUCGAUAUUUUCCAGUGUUAUUAAUGAUAAAAACAUUUGACUAGUAGAGAAAUAUUUGCUAAAUGAACAGGCCGCUGACGUGCACAUUGUUAAUAAACGUGUGUUUUGCUAUGUAGUGUGAGGUGAAUUCUCAGAGGUAGUCAAACCAAGCAUUCUCAUUAGUAGAGACAUGUUCUAAGCCAUACUCAAAAAUGAUGGUGCCUCUAUGAGGACUGACAUUGCUCUUGAUGACCCCGUUGAUUACUGUUGGAUGUUUCUGGAGGACGUAGACUGAUUAUGGCCCCGUGCUGUAAUAUCGUGAGCUUCAAAGACUGGUGUCAAGCAAGAUUUGAGAUCCACCCUCUGAGUCACUAGGCGACGCACAAGGAUUCAAAGUGAUCAGUCUCUUUCCCAACUAUUGACAGCGGUAUGACUCCUGAAUCCUUCUCUUAAAAAUGUGCACUUUUCUAAAUCAUUCAAAAGGACGAUAUGCUGUUAUCGUCUGCCGAGUGCCCACCAGAGGGAAGGCUGAGACAUUAGAACACACAUUUAUCAACUGUUUCUUCUAGAAUGGAUUUACACUAUUGUUGAAAAGUUUGGGGUCACUUAGAAAUGUCCUUGUUUUCCAUGACAACAUACAUUAAAUGAGUUUGAGUAGGAAAUAUAGUCAAAUUAAUAGGAAAUGGUCAUUGACAAGGUUACAAAUACAGAUAUUUAACUGAAAUAAUAACAAACUUUGCUUUUGUCAGAUUCCUCCAUUUGCAUCAAUUACAGCCGUGCAGACCUUUAGCAUUAUAGUUGUAAAUUUGUUGAGGUAAUUGGAGAUUUCACCCCAUGCUUGCUGAAGCACUUCCCAUAAGUUGGAUUGGCUUGAUGGGUAUUUCUUACCAUACUGUCAAGCUGCUCCCACAACAACUCAAUAUGCAAUAAAGAGAUCUGAUGACUCUGCUGGCCACUCUAUUAUAGACAAUACCAGCUGACUACUACUUCCCUAAAUAGUUCUUGCAUAGUUUGGAGCUGUGCUUUGAGUCACUGUCCUGUUGUAGGAGGAAAUUGAGUCCGAUCAAGCAUCUGUGAGGUGUCCGUUUCUCAAACUAGACGCUAAUGUAUUUGUCCUCUUGCUCAGUUGUGCACCAGGGCCUCCCACUCCUCUUUCUAUUCUGGUUAGAGCCAGUUUGCGCUGUUCUGUGAAGGGAUUAGUACAAAGCGUUGUACAAUAUCUUCAGUUUCUUGGCAAUUUCUCACAUAGACUAGCCUUAAUUUCUCAGAACAAGAAUAGACUGACAAGUUUCAGAAGAAAGUUCUUUGUUUCAAACCAUUUUGAUCCUGUAAUCGAACCCACAAUUGUUUAAGCUCCAGAUACUCAACUACUCUAAGGCCGGUUUUUAUUGCUUCUAUAAUCGGCACAACAGUUUUCAGCUGUUCUAACAAUUGCAAAAGGGUUUCGUAAUGAUCAAUUAGCUUUUAACAAUGAUUAACUUGGAUUAGCAAACAAUGUGGCAUUGGAACACAGGAUUGAUGGUUGCUGAUAAUGGGCCUCUUUACACCCAUGUAGCAAUUCCAUGAGAAAUCAUGCUUUUCUGACAUUUCCAACAUUAACAAUGUCUACACUGUAUUUCUAAUCAGUUUGGUGUUAUUUUAAUGGACAAAAAAUUCGCGUUUUGUUUAAAAAACAAGGACAUUUUUAAGCAACCUCAAGCUUUUGAAUGGUAUUGUACAUUUAAAUGGUUGAUUGGCUAUAUCACCAAUUCAGAUUGUUCCACAAUGUAAAAGUAUUGAAACUUAAUCGGUUCCACAAUUCAAAUAUACUUAUAGUAAGAUGGUUCCACUAAUGACAUGUAAUGUGGUUCCAUUUAUUUGUUAAAAGUAAAUCUGAACAUCCCUGUUCUCUGUCAGGGUUGUUGAUGGAAGACCUACUUGGUGUUGUACAUAAGGAGAGGUCUAUUCAUUGUAGGUUUAAAUUUUAUGAAUAAAUGUUAAGACUCAGUGUUCCUGUUUAAGCCUGUUAAUGUUUUAGAUUGGGAUGGAUGCCACUUUGCCCUUAGCCAAUUGUGUGUCUGUUUUAGUUGUUUGUUUUGAUAUAAACAUUUGUCACAAGAUCUUCCAAAUGUUUACCAAUAAACUGAGUUUAUUGCCCUUGUCAUGAUGAAAAAGGUUCUGCCAUGUUAGACACCAAUUCAUUUGUACCGUUACUGAGUGACAGAUAGGAGGCGCCAUUAUUAAGCAUACACUACUGAUGACCUUUCAUUGUUAGUCAUGCUACUUACAUAUCCAUAUGGAUGUUCAAAAAUGAAAAAACAGUUAUUAAUGUUCUUAAUGCACCACACUUUCAGAAGUAAUUUGACAUUUAUGAUCUUUCCUUUAUGUUAGAAGACCUUAAAAUUACUAUCUGCAGCAAUGGAGGCAGCAUCGUUUGACAGACACAGGAUUUCUGUUUAGAGAAGCCUGUGACAUUUCACCCACUGACUGAUCAGCAGGUUUAUGUCUGUCCAUUCCACCAUUUCAGGAUGUCAGUCACUCACCAAGUGCUUGCAUUCCAUUGGUCUUUUUUUAAGUUAAAAUGUUUUAAAUGUUCAGUUCACUCGGAAAUGGAGUGCCGUUUUGUUACUGCACUCUCAAGGACAACACUUGUUUGCAUGGUUUUGUUUUGUGAUUUUAAAAUGGCUUGAUGUUUGAUGACUGCUCCUAGAAACUUUCAAAUGUUAUCCUCUCAGGGACGUUCCCAUCUCUUUAGUACUGUGUUCCAUUUCAAUUUAAUCUAACUUGGUAAAAGCACAAUUAAGAGUAAGAAAUCUACAUCUGUGGUGGUGGUUUAUUCCUGCAGAACCUUCGAAUACUGUAUCACUGGUAGUCAGAUGUGAUUUAACUUAUUGGGCCUGUGUGAUUCUGCAUAUAAUUGUACGGACAAGAAAAUACUCUGUCAUUUUACAUUUAAACUUUUUCUGACUGAUAGACAAAUAGCACCACAAAUGUUUUUAGAGAUGUUUCUUAGUACAGAUCUUCUACUGUGAGUUUACCACAGAUGGGGAUUGUGCUCCCUAAUGAAUGUACAUGAAAGGAGUUGAGGCCAGUAAUAGCAGACAACAUACUUGUUUACAAUGUACUUAUGAGCCUGUCAUUUUAUAUGGCUUAAAAAAACUAUCAUAAGAAUGUAUACCAUAUUGACUUUAAAGAACUACCACCAUGGGCCUGAUGGUUUUCAGUCUCUUUUUUAUGUAACUGGAGAUAUAGGUGUCCUGUCCAGAAACAUCCUGGUAGCCCUAACCUCCAGGUAUUUUUAUAGAUCUCUGUCUGGACAGGACCAUACCCAGUUCUAUCAGUUAAUCUUGGUCAAACAAAAAACAUUGGUCAUUAUUAAAGCCAAAAUACAUUUGAAAGAUCUCAAUGUGUUUGUUUCAUAAAGGAUGGGCUAAGCUGCCGGUUUUCGCACACACAUUUGGUUUUUGAAGUUCUUUAAGUGAUUGUUGUUCUCAAGAUUUAUUUCAGGUGAGUUUUUUCUUAAACUAUGGUAAGUUUCUUAGAGGUAUUGAAAAAAUGAAAUUGUGUUGUACCCUGUCUGAUGUGAUUGUGUUACAUCUGUAAAGAUUUAUUAACAGAUUCUGCUCAUUAAAUUGUUUCUAUCGA